ACGGAGCUCCACACGAAGCGCAGCAUCAGGAGCGCGCGGGCGGACAUGGACAACACUCAAACAUCUUCACUUUGCAGGAUCCCCUUGACCUUCACACAUGGUCUUUCUUCAAUGACAACAUCUUGUUAACGUGUCCGAGGUCCAAGGGCUCAAACUAUCUUUGUUUAACGUACUUUGUUGUUCUUUGACCGGACAUCUGUGGGGAAAACUCGGAGAAAACCAGAAUCUGGAUUUACACACAUCUGCUGUCAAACAUAUUGAAACGAAAACGUUUGAGAUAUUUAUCUGUAAAAUAUGCCAACGAGGACGAAUCUUGACAUUUCUUUUCCGUAACAAUAUUGGAUUUUAAUCCUCGCGAGACAAACAGGAUGAAAAUGCAACUGUUGUGCGUGUUUUGUUUGGUGGUUUUCACACGUAACGUUAUUCCUAACAGCACCGACGUCAAUUCAGACGUCGAUUAUUUAACUUCAGAAUCACGUCAAGUCGGGACUGACAGCCUCAAAUCAAGUCAAACCGUGUCGUUUCUGAGACAAGUACACGACCAAAGAGACUUUAAAGUGAGCCAUCGCCGACAGAGAAGAGAGUCGGUAAACAAGACGAGAAACGAACAAGACCGGACUCGAGUUAUUCAGUCGGAGGAUAAACUUCAGUCAUUCCCGAAGCCUGCAGCGCAGGUGCAACCCACAAACUUCCCAGAUGAUCCCACAACAUUCCCCGAGUGGGACAUCUCACCUGGGGAAGACUUCGAGGAACCGUAUACCCCCUUGGGUCCCUUUGACCCCCGCUCGAGGACCCCAGGUGUGAAGAACCCCUUUUACCCCGUGACAGGCGACUCGUAUGGCGCAUAUGCCGUCGUGGGUAUAUCCGUCAUCAUCUUCACCGUGGGAAUUAUCGGGAAUAUUGCGAUCAUGUGUAUAGUUUGUCACAAUUACUACAUGAGGAGCAUCUCAAACUCACUGCUGGCCAAUCUGGCCCUGUGGGAUUUUGUCAACCUGUUUUUCUGCCUGCCACUGGUGAUAUUCCACGAGCUCACUAAGGAUUGGCUGCUCGGGGAGUUUUCCUGUAAAAUUAUUCCUUAUAUUGAGGUGGCUUCUGUUGGAGUGACAACAUUUACGUUGUGCGCGUUGUGCAUUGACCGUUUUCGUGCUGCGAGCAACGUCCAGAUGUACUACGAGAUGAUCGAGAACUGCACUUCCACUACGGCCAAACUGACUGUGAUCUGGCUCGGCGCUCUGCUCCUGGCCUUGCCCGAGCUCCUCAUCCGUCAGCUGGUUAGAGAAGAACGUGAGCCUCCAGAGGUGACGCCAUGCGAGCACUGCGUGGUCCGGAUCUCCACGUCCCUCCCGGACACUCUUUACGUGCUAGGCCUCACCUACAACAGCGCCCGCCUCUGGUGGUACUUCGGCUGCUACUUCUGCCUGCCCACCGUCUUCACCAUCAUCGGCUCGGUGGCGAGCGCUCGCAAGAUCUCCAAAGCCGAGCGUGCCAGCGUCCGUGGCAACCGCAAGCAGAUCCAGUUGGAGAGCCAGAUGAAUUGUACGGUGGUGGCUUUGGCCAUCGUGUACGGUUUCUGCGUUAUUCCGGAGAACAUCAGCAACAUUGUUUCGGUGUACAUGGCCACGAGCGUGCCGCGUCGCACACUGGACAUCCUGCAUCUGGUGAGUCAGGUGAUGCUCUUCUGCAAAUCUGCGGUUACGCCAGUGCUGCUUUUGGUGCUUUGUAGGCCUUUCGGUAAAGCGUUUUUGGACUGCUGCUGUUGUUGUUUGGAGGAAUGCGGGCCGAAGAAGUCCUCCGACGCCACCAGCGAUGAAAAUGAACAGGAUGGCACAACCGAACUUGAGCUUUCGCCGUACAGCACCGUCCAUAGGGAGCCGUCUACCUUAGCAACAGUGGGAACACACUGUUGAGAUUGAACCCCUACCUGUGAGGUACGGGUACAAUACAAAGGGCUUUGUACUGAAUAAACCACUUGAGUGAAGUUAUUUUACACAGUUUUAAGAUGUGCAGUUCUUGUUUUUACACUGUAUUAUGUUAGGCUUUGUUUUGGGGGGAGAUAACCACAAACCUUGAAAACAUGGACACAGAAACAUUGUUAAAGGACAGAUGAUCUUAGAGAUUCAAAUUCCUAUUGCUGUUUACCACAGAACACGUGAGUAUCAUGAACGUUCGUUUCUAGUAUUUAAGGAUUAUGACUUAACUCACAUGCAACUGUUAUUUUUGCACAGUUUUUUUUCCCCCUAGAGUUUAUUUUAUUUUUAUCGGGUCGUUUCUGUUUUUGUAUUUAUGUUCUGUCUUUAAGACUGUAAGUAAUAUAUAGAACUAGCUGUUAUUUUGUGGACAUUGGCGAUUCUUGUGAAUCGGUAAAAAGUCAAGCCUAGCUCCCUUGCUAUGUAAGUAUUGAAUUCACUCUGUUUUUGCGAGCAGAAAUUGUACGAUGCUCUUCGAUUCGAUUUUCACCUGUUGAAAAGCGGCGGAGCAGAUGUUGUUUUAGCCGAGAUAUCACUUUUUUAAUAAAAGA